UCUUUCCCACUUUCCCAAGCAUCAUCAUGCUCAUCCCCCAUUCCUCCGUAGAAACCCCCAAAAUUUCCUCAAAAGUGCAUCUUUAAUCCCUAGAAACACUUGAAUCAAAUGCUUUUAUCGGUGGAUGAACGCUUCCCACUCUCUUUCUACUUCAGAAUUGCUCACCAAAUUGUUAAACAGGCCAAGGUUUACAGAGAGGAAGGGAAUUUAUGUGAUCUUUACUUCACUCUUGUUCAGUAUUCAAGGUUGAUGUCUGAGGUAAUACCACAACAUAGAGGUUUCUCAACCUACUCCUCAAAAGAUAAGCUUUAUCACAAGAAGAUUCUCCAAGAAUUUAAUCAAGAACUUAAGAAAUUGGAGCCGUUGAUUGCUGCCGUCGAGGGCUCAGAUUUUGUAUCAAAGCACUCAAGAGAAAAAGCUGAUGUGUUUGCAAGCUAUAAUGAGGGGAAGGCCAAGCAUUCGAGUAAGGUCAAGGCAGAAGGAAUCAGUGACAAUGGAGAGAAUGCAAUGUGCUCGAUGCCUCAAACUCCAUUUUCAGCUGCUCUGACAGCAUCAAGAGGCCCUAAUAUUGAUGUGCAAAUUGUUAGAAAAUAUUCUCCCUCUCCUGUGCUUUGCUGCAUAGAGAGCCCCCCUAUUGUCGGGCAUGUUUCUCAUAUCACUAUACCAGAAUCAAGGAAGGAGCAUCUUGAAUCUUCGUGUAAAGAAUCCUCUGCACCUAGAGUUGUUCAGGAUCUGCAUAUUUCUGCGAGGUUGAUGGAAGAAUUUAUGCAGCUUGCUAGGACGAAUACUGACAAUAACUUGGAGACUUGUGGCAUCCUUGGCGCUUUCCUUAAAAAUCGGACUUUCUAUGUAACCACGUUGAUAGUUCCAAAGCAGGAAUCGUCUUCCAAUUCGUGCCAGGCAUUAAAUGAGGAGGAGAUUUAUGCGGUACAGGAUCAACAGUCUCUUUUUUCUGUAGGAUGGAUUCAUACACAUCCUUCUCAAACUUGUUUCCUGUCUUCGAUUGAUCUACACACUCAGUACUCUUAUCAGGUGAUGCUACCUGAGGCAGUUGCUAUUGUCAUGGCCCCAACAGAUCCUGCAAGAAACUACGGUAUUUUUCGGAUAUCAAAUCCUGGAGGCAUAAAUGUGCUGAAAGAAUGCGAAGAGAGAGGAUUCCACUCCCACCGUGAAACCGAUGAUGGCAGUCCGAUCUAUGAGACUUGCUCUAGUGUCUAUAUAAACCCAAAUUUGAGAUUGGAGGUCAUCGAUCUCCGCUCUGAUUCGCCUUGAUAUGGCGAUGCCAUAUCCUAUGCAUAUCCUGACAUAGUUUUUCAUAGCAAAAUGUUAUAUAUAUAUAUAUAUAUAUAUAACCUUAAAAAGUUUUGGAAUGUUAUAUGUAACAUAUUUACAUAUAGAUUUGUGUAGCAAAAAUUAGAGCUUGCAGGUAAGAAAGUUGUGACAUGUAAUAAAACUUGGCAGCUUGAAUUUGGAUCAAAUUGUAGAGAGUUUGCAGGUGUUUUCUCAAUAAAUUAUCUCUGCAA